AUUAUAAUUUUGUAAGUGCAGAUGAGGAAGGCUUGAAAGAUUACAACACAGCAUCUGUAGUGUACAAGCUGUCUGAUGAGGAGUACUUUGUGCCUUUCCAAGCUCUCCGAGUGUCCAAGAUCACAGGAUGGCUCCCUGUCCGUUAUCCACAGAACGACAAGGAAGGACUGCUGCUGCUGGGGGCUACUGAGGAAGGUGUCAUCAGCUACCAGUACGACGGAUGGCGGUUUGUGGCCACAGGAGUAUAUUACGAUAGGUCUGCCUUUGGGCCAGGACUGAAAUCCAUCAGAGCUUUCUACUACAACAACCGGACCCUCAUCAGUGCUGCCAAUAAGCAGAGUGGAAGGUACGAGUACAACGUGUUUAGUCCUGUGCUGAGGCACCAUUCACUGAUGGGAGAGCUGCAGAAGGAAGUGUCAGCCUGGGAGGAACAGAUGAGGAGACAGGUGGCUGAUGCACACUCCAGAGUGGCUGCCUUGCUGGAGAUCGCUCUGGCCGCUCCCACUGUAAACGAUCCUGUUGUACAGCUGGGUGACCGAGUCGUCUUCCAUGACGUGGAAGUAGAAAAUUUGAUCACUCACAAGACAAGAAUCAGAGAAUCAGCCCAAGAUACAAACCAGAAGCUGCGAACUCUUGAAACUCAGUUGAUCCAGUUACACCAGAAUCUGAAGGGUUUAAAAGCCAAAAUUGAUGAAAGCACUGUUCACUACAGAACAGUCUAUGACGAAGUUGCAGAGGAGCCUAGUGCGGACAUACUUUGUACUUCUCCUUGCCAAGCAGAACAGUUGAUUGUGAGUAAGGUAAAUGGUGAGGAAAUGAGCAAGUUUUUGGUCGACACAGUGGAUGUCAGGGAGCCGGUGGAGAUUGAUGAGUUAACAUUUGAGAAGUUGGCACUGAUCGAUCCUCUGGAUACAAGAAUGAUCAAUGGGCAUCCUGUCGACAAUGUGAUUGACUGGUCCAGGGAGGUGGUCUUGGAUCAUGGCCUGAAGAUAGAAGGAACAUUGAUAUUAAACAACAACCUCACUGUUGGAGGUACAGUGGACGGAGUGUCUUUGAAUAAAAUUGUAGAGGAAGACGAAGAUUCGCUUAAAGAAGUGGUCGAUACGUUCAACAAGACUCUAAACACAGUAAGGGCCUCUCAGUUGGUGCUCUUGGAUGGCAAACUCUCUGAAGUGGAUUUUCAAGAGUUUGUCAAGUCCACUCUCAAAACACAGGGAGACCAGCUUAUCACAGAGUUCCAGGACUUCAAUAGGAUUGAAGCAGAUGAAGUAAUAGCUAAAAGCGGAUUAUACAAGAUUGUGACAGAUCCAUACUUGGGAGAAACUCCCUGCAAAGGGAAGUCUUAUGCAAACAUUGAAGAGGGACCACUCAGUGAAAUUAAUGUUGACUUCGACAUGGAAUCAAAUAAUAUCAUAGAAGAUGAAAUAGAAAUUCCGUAUGAUGUUGUUUAUCAUGGAACAAUAAUAAUUGAGAAUGGAACACUGGCUACUAAAGAUUUUAUCGAUUCCAACAGAAACAUUUCUGCAAGAAACGUAGUGAACCUGGGAAUUCCCUUGAAUAAGACAGUGAUAGACAAACACUUCAUAUUCAAAUCACCAUUUAAGGCUGAAAACCUGACUGUGGACACCAUAAAUAAUGUAGAUCCGGGGAGCCUGAUGAACGUAGACAGUUCAGAGCCUGUGGUGGUGAGAGCUAGGAAGGAGUUUCUGGGUGACCUUGUGAUAGACGGCAGAGUCCAGGUAGAGGGAACUGUCAACGGUGUCGACCUAACUCAAGAGAUAGAUGUAGCUGAGGAGCUGAAAACCGUUCAACUGGAUACACUUACUGUGCACAGUAUAAACGGCAGCAGCAUCACAGUUAAUGGAGUAGACUGGAAUCAGAUUGUUAAGGUUAGGGAAACUGGGAAAGUGUAUGUUAAGAGAGUUGAGGUUGAAGAAGACACAUCAGUGGGCAGCAUUAUGGUGCGAGGACACAUCAAUAACUAUAAUUUGGAGAAACUGUUGCAAGAUACUGUAUACAAUGAUGGUAAACGUUAUGAGAUAAAUGGAAAUAAGCACUUUAUAAGUAAAUUAAAAAUAUCCAAUUUAUCUGUGAACACAUUGAAUGAUGUUGAUAUGAACAAACUCAAACCCAAUUUUGUUUGGAAAACUCGUCUGUCUCACGCCAAAAGUGUUAGAGUGGGGAACUUAUCAUAUACUGGGAAGCUGGAUGGUAUAGUCUCUCAGGACUUUGGAGAGUGGCUGCUGACAGAAGGAGACCAGACACUUGCUGGCUCUCAGAUGAUUGACACCUUGCAAGCAGACCAUGUGACCAUAUCCCCAUCAGGUCACCUCAACAACGUCAACAUCCAAAGACUCAUCUCAGAUGCUAUAUUCAUCACAGACAACAUCACCUUGGACACUGUCAUCUUUGAGGGUCCAGUAAGUGCAGCUGAGCUUUGGGUCGGUGGGAGGCUGAGUGGACUGCGACUGCCAGAAGAUGUUGUACUGUCUGACACCAGCUCCAGGCAGCAGAUAGUGGCCCACAAACAUGUCCUGGGCAGUGUCACAGUCCUGGGUGACCUGCGACCUGUUGGUCUUCAGUCCUCUUUCUCCCUGGCAUCGUACUGUGACAUGCUGACACAGUCUAACACUUCACUCGUAGUUCAAGGAAAUGCAGUUCUUAAGGAAGAACCUUUUAUUUCUGAUUUUAUAAAUAAUAGAAAUUGGACUGACUUGAUGAAACGAGUUUGGUUGAGACAUGACGACAGAAUUAUCCAGGAACCAGUGCUUUUCUACAAAGCUCAGUUCGGUAAUUUGGAAGUGGAAACCAUAAACAGUAAAAGUGUAAAAGAAGUGCUAUCAAACUUAGUGAGCUUGAGCGAAGAGCAGACAAUCAACGGUACACUCUACUUCUCCAACGUGACAAUGUUGGACGGUCUGGAAGUGGUGACUGGACACGUAGAGAGGCACAUCCAAGGUCUACACCUGCAGUCAUUUAUUGAAGAUGUCAUGCUUGACGGAGAAGAUCAACACAUUUGGGGAUAUCCCAAUUUCAAGCAACUUAUUGUUGAUGGUAUACUGGUCUCCAGCGGGCAUGUUAACAAUCUAAACCUAUCACAGGACUUGCUACUGGCCAAUAGUUUGAACAAUACCAUCACUGGUUCUCUCUCUCUUCACCGGAUCACUACAGACAAUCUCACAUUGCCAUCUGGCUCUCUGGUGGCUGACGUUGACCUUGAAGUUUGGAACUCUUCAGCUGUCAAAAGAUCAGUUGAUAACACAAUUACUGGCAAUAUAGUCUGUAAAGGUGAUUUUGGCUCUUCCAGUGGAAUUAAAGUUGAAGGUCUAGUGAAUGGUAUCCGUUUUGACAAAGACCACGUGAUGUUGAGGAAAAGUUCCCAGCGAGUUACAGGGCUUAAGAUGUUCUCCUCUGGUGCCAAACUGGACAUAAACAGGCUGCAAGUUAGAAGAUAUCUCAACAACAUAAAUAUUACAGAGUUCUAUGACCAACAGGUGAUAAAUGAAGGCAACAUAACACUGAGUGGUCCCACGAGGUUCACUUCUCCCCUGCACUGCAAUAGUGUGUCACUGCCCGAGAUAUACCAAGGACACAACCUAACCUGGCUGGAGGACCAGCUGGCUUGUCCGCUGCCGAGGGCUAGCUACCAACGUAACCUGGCUCAGUUACUGGACAUGAAACAACUGGCAGAGAAAAGCUUAGCAGGUCGUGCUUUCUACUUGAAGAGCAUCACAAGAAUGAGAGAUAUCCGAGGAAUGGUAUUGUAUGCAGUACCUUUUCAAACUGAUGACGCUACACUUGUAGCGGCUGUCAGGAACCAAAGUAACAGAACAUCUCUGUCUUUGCUGCACUGGAAUGCCAGUUACAGAAUGUUCCUCGAUAAGCCAGGAAGUACAAGACAUAUCCUGAACACGGUCCCGUCUGACUUCCAGUCGGUUGUGAUGUCCAGUGGCGAGAUGGCCGGCUACGUAACCAGAGUCCUCCCUCGUUCUGGAGGUCAUGGGGAAUUUUUCAGACUGAAGAAUAACAAGCUGGAGAACUUUCCUGUGAAAGGAGGACAGCCCAGUAGCCAACUGUUCUCCUUCCGAGACAAUGUGGGUAAGACUUGCUUCUUGUUGGUGACAGACAUCUGCAGUGUGUAUUGCACCAUGAACAAGACCCACAACGCCCAACUACCGUCGUUCCCCUGUCAUCACAUAUCUCAGGCCACCCUGCUGACAACAAACAACUCUGUGUACCUACUGGGUGUUCAAGGUGCCCCCAGCAACUCUCUGAUCGUGUGGAAGUUGUCUGGCAAGAGAUUCUUCCAGGUAUUAUCGAUGCAUCAGUUCAACCCUGUCAGCAUUGCUGCCACUACGACCACAGGCCCCCACAUCGCAGUAGCUACGAGGCAUCUGGUUGGCAACACUCAUCCUGAGACCAUUGACAUCUACAGGUUCAAAGAAGAAUUACCGGAGCUCCAGCUAGAGCAGCGGCUCCCUACAAUAUCUCCGAAAAAGGUGUUGUUUGCUGAGCUCCCAUCGGGUGAGUCCGUUUUGUACGUCGCAUCAGACAACCCUGCAUCACCCCUGGAGGUGUUCUUGUAUCGAGGAAUCCUGGGCUACCUGUGGUUUGCAGUGGAGGCCUCUCUUCCUUGCCCUGUGGAUGUUCACGCUGUCACGGACCACGACCACAGGCACUUUGUCAUUGUCACAUCUGAUAAGAGAGCUUGUGUGCUACAAGCACAAUUCGAAGGAGAAUUUGCGCCUUCCAAAAUUUAAAUAUUUUGUAAUGGGUUUUAAGUGUCUAAUACAAUUUAUUUGGUAAUAAAGCAUUGUAUAGUUGGAGAAGUCAAACAUUAUGUAAUUCACCAGUAUGUUUUAAAAUGAAAUUUAGAUGUGUAAUUUAUUAUAGUACUUGUUGUUCAAUCUUUGUUACAUUGUUUUAACGAUCAUAGUGUUAAUUUACUGUAAAAUCAAAUAGCUACAGUAGCUUUUAUUUCAAACUUUUGAGAAUAUAAUAUGUGUACACAUUUGUUAUAUUUUGUAAAUCACAUAUAGUUGAUAGUUGUAAAGAAGCUGUAUACAGUGUUUUGAUACAACUAAGAAUCGAUUGCUAUGCAAUUAUUUUGUAUUGUUUGCCACAGUAACUAACAUAACUUUAAGUAUAUUACUUAUUUUGUUAAAAUCUGUGAUUUUAUACAAGAAACUAUUGAUAUAUGUGUAAAGUAUGUAUUGUUAUAAAAAUAAAGCUUAAUUAGAAAAUUA